AUGGGUAAGAAGGCAGUCCACUUCGGCUCCGGCAACAUUGGCCGAGGCUUUGUCGCAUGUUUCCUACAUGAGUCAGGCUACGAGGUCAUCUUCGCCGACGUUGUCGACAAGCUCGUAGAUGCCCUAAACUCGUCGCCUUCGUACAAGGUCAUCGAGCGUGGUGUUGAAGGCACAGAUGUCAAGACAAUCACCAACUACCGAGCCAUCAACUCCAAGCACAAUGAGGCUGAGCUUGUUGACGAGAUUUCAACUGCCGACGUUGUCACCUGCUCUGUCGGCCCCAACAUUCUCAAGUUCAUCGCCCCCGUCAUUGCCAAGGGUAUCGACAAGCGCUCAAAUGAACUCAAGCCUCUAGUCGUCAUUGCUUGCGAGAACAUGAUCGGUGCCACAGACGCCCUCGCUGGUCACAUUAAGGACCCCAAGAACACUCCCGAGCACCGCCUCGAAGACCACCACGAGCGAGCUGCCUAUGCCAACUCUGCGAUCGACCGUAUCGUUCCUGCCCAAGAUCCCAACGCCGGCUUGGAUGUGACUUUGGAGAAGUUCUACGAGUGGGUCGUCGAGGAGACUCCGUUCCAACAUGGCGAGAAGCCGUCCAUCGAGGGUAUCAAGUGGGUAGGCAACCUACAGCCCUUCAUUGAGCGUAAGCUCUUCACCGUCAACACAUCCCACGCCACUGCCGCCUACUUUGGUUACAACAGGCAAAAGCAGACCGUCGAUGAUGCUAUGCGAGACAAGGAUAUUAAGAGUCAAGUCGCCGCAGCAGUCAACGAGACCGCUAAGCUUAUCGUAGAGAAGCAUGGCAUCGCCCCCGAGGAGCAGGAGGCCUACAAGAAGAAGAUCAUUGACCGAAUCAGCAACCCUCAUCUAGCUGAUGCUGUCGAGCGUGUUGGCCGUGCUCCCCUAAGAAAGCUUGGUCGCAAGGAACGCUUCAUCGGUCCUGCUGCUGAAUUGGCCGAGAUGGGUCACGAGACACCAGCUCUUCUAGCUGCUGCCGAGAUGGCCUUCCGCUUCCAGAACGUGGAUGGUGAUGACGAGAGCAAGGAGCUUGCCAAGAUCAUGCUGGAGAACAGCCCCGAAGAUGUGGUCCUCAAGGUGUGUGGUCUACAGAAGACGGAGAAGCUGUAUCCCAAGGUGGUUGAGAUCGUCCAGAAGGUCCAGGCGGACAGCCAAGAUUAA